UCUACUUUCCUCUCUUUCUCUUUCUCUCUUGUAGGUUUAUGAGAAUGUCCCCGGAAUCUUUCCAGUACCUGUUGAAUGUUAUCGGAUCAGAAAUCUCCAAAAAAGACACGAAAUUUCGUAAAGCUAUCUCAGCAUCAGAAAGACUUUGUCUUAUAUUACAUUAUCUUGCCUAUGGAGGAAGUCAGCAGUCAUUAAGCUUUUCAUUCCGUAUAGCAAAAUCAACUAUAAGCAGUAUUGUAAACGAAACAUGUUCAGCUAUUUGGAAUUGUCUUAAAGAACAAUAUUUGCGCCCUCCAAAAGCUUUGGAUGAAUGGAAGAAAAUUGCUCAGGACUUUAAUGACAUGUGGGAUCUACCACAUUGCAUUGGUGCCAUAGAUGGAAAACAUAUCAGAAUGAAAGCACCAAUAAAUAGCGGAUCCCUAUAUUACAAUUAUAAAGGGUUUUUUAGUAUCAUCUUGAUGGCAAUAUGUGAUGCUCGCUACGUAUUUUCAUUUGUUGAUAUCGGAGAUUAUGGUUCAAACAAUGAUAGCGGUGUUUUCCGUAGAUCAGCAAUUGGGAAAUCGUUUUUCAAAAAAGAAAAGAACCUUCCUGAACCAGAAAAUAUCGAGAAUUCCCCUACUUUUGGUCUAAUGCCUUAUUAUUUAGUUGGCGAUGAUGCUUUCCCGCUUCAACAGUGGCUUAUAAAGCCUUAUCCUGGACAGGGUAUAAGAGAGAACCAGUUAAAUUUUAACUACAGAUUGUCUAGAGCACGACGAGUAAUCGAGAAUGCAUUCGGUAUUCUUGCUGCCAGAUGGAGAGUUUUUAUGAAUCCCCUGCAAACAAAUGUCAACAAUGCAGAAACGAUAGUUAAAGUCACAAUAUGUUUGCACAAUUUCCUCCGUCGAACUAACAGUGCCGCUUAUUGUCCAUCUGGUUUUGUUGACAGUUGGGACGAUAAGGGAGAGAUCAAGGAAGGGGAAUGGAGAAGGUUGGUCGCUGAUGGGAAUAGUAGCUUAUUAAUUGAUAUCCCACCCAUUAGAGGAUCUCGGCCAUCGAAUACUGCUGUUAAUGUUAGAGAUAAUUUAAAGUCAUAUGUUAACUCUAUGGAAGGCUCACUACCUUGGCAAUGGGAGCAUGUAUGA